CGUCAUGUCUCAUGUGGACAAAACAGCUCGGGACAGCAUAGAAGCCAGCGCAGAGAGCUCUCAAGCCGUGUUCGUGCUUUUGGAGGAGCUCAGGCCAGCCCACUCAGCCCAGCUGCUCAGCCUGAACGCUCUGCUUCCGGAAUCGGGAAUUGUUGCUGACAUCGAAUUAGAAAACAUCCUUGAUCCUGACAACUUUUAUGAACUCAAAAGCCAGCCCCUACCCCUACGCUCCAGCCUCCCAUUAUCAUUUCAGUCUACAUCAGCCACUCCAGCUACACACUCUGCAUCAUCUUCUGCAGGGGGCUCCAGGAACCCUGCCAUGUCAUCAUCCUCUUCAUCACGAGUCUUGCUGCGGCAACAGCUAAUGCGGGCCCAAGCCCAGGAGCAGGAGAGGCGUGAACGUCAAGAACAGGCUGCAGCCACUCCCUUCCCUAGUCCUGCAACUACCUCUCCUGCUAUUUCUGUAGUUGGUGUUUCUGCUGGUGGCCAUACGUUGGGCCGUGCACCCCCUGCUCAGGUGCCCAGAGAGGUGCUCAAGGUAGAGACUCAUCUGGAAAACCCAACACGCUACCACCUACAACAGGCACGUCGGCAACAGGUGAAACAAUACCUGUCAACUACACUUGGGCCCAAGUUGGCCUCCCAGGCCCUUGCCCCACCGCCAGGGCCUACUAGUACCCAGCCUCUCCCUGCCCCUGAGACUGUCCAUGCUAUUGGUCCUUCAGGAAGUGCUCCUAACAGUCCCAUGGCACUGCUCACCAUUGGGUCUAGUUCAGAAAAAGAGAUCGAUGAUGUCAUUGAUGAGAUCAUCAGCUUGGAAUCCAGUUAUAAUGAUGAGAUGCUCAAUUAUCUGCCUGGAGGCAAUGCUGGGCUGCAACUCCCCAGCACGCUGCCUGUAUCAGGGAAUCUUCUUGAUGUAUACAGUAGUCAGGGUGUGGCCACACCAGCCAUCACUGUCAGCAACUCCUGCCCAGCUAAACUCCCCAACAUCAAGCGGGAGAUCUCUGAGACAGAGGCAAAGGCACUUUUGAAAGAAAGGCAGAAAAAAGACAAUCACAACCUAAUUGAGCGUCGCAGGCGAUUCAACAUUAACGACAGGAUCAAGGAACUGGGCACCCUCAUCCCCAAAUCCAGUGACCCGGAGAUGCGCUGGAAUAAGGGCACCAUCCUGAAGGCUUCUGUGGAUUAUAUCCGCAAAUUGCAGAAGGAGCAACAGCGUUCCAAAGACUUGGAGAGCCGGCAGCGCUCCCUGGAACAGGCCAACCGUAACCUACAGCUCCGAAUUCAGGAACUAGAACUGCAAGCCCAAAUCCAUGGUCUGCCGGUACUUCCCACCCCAGGACUGCUCUCUCUGGCCACAGCUUCAGCUUCUGAUAGUCUCAAGCCAGAGCAGCUGGACGUUGAGGAAGAGGGCAGGGCAAGCACAUUUCACAUAGGAGGAGCAUCUGCUCCAAAUGCUUCUCAUCAACAGUCCUCAGCACCACCUUCAGAUGCUCUUCUGGACCUACACUUUCCCAGUGACCAUUUAGGGGACUUGGGGGACCCCUUUCACCUGGGGCUGGAAGACAUUCUGAUGGAAGAGGAAGAGAAUGUGGUGGGAGGGCUGUCAGGGGGCACCCUGUCCCCACUGCGAGCUGCCUCUGACCCCCUACUCUCCUCAGUGUCCCCAGCUGUCUCCAAAGCCAGCAGCCGUAGUAGCAGCUUCAGCAUAGAGGAGGAGUCAUGA